UUUUAUUGCUGCUGCUUGACGCGGGUUUAAGCUGCGCUGCUCCAGUCUCAUUAGUAGCAAGAACAGUCCAACCGAUUGUCAGUUAAUUCCUUUUAAAAGCAGAACACUAUGAACCAAGAGAAGCUCGCCAAACUUCAGGCACAGGUCCGGAUAGGUGGAAAGGGAACUGCCCGCAGGAAGAAAAAGGUUGUUCACAAGACAGCGACAGCUGAUGACAAAAAACUCCAGGGCUCACUGAAGAAACUGGCAGUGAACAACAUUGCAGGGAUAGAAGAGGUGAAUAUGAUAAAAGAUGAUGGGACAGUGAUCCACUUCAACAAUCCCAAAGUGCAGGCGUCUCUCUCUGCCAAUACCUUCGCCAUCACGGGCCACGCUGAGACCAAACAGCUGACAGAGAUGCUGCCAGGCAUCCUGAGCCAGCUGGGAGCCGACAGCCUCACCAGCCUGCGCAAGCUGGCCGAGCAGUUCCCACGGCAAUCCAUGGACAUGAAAGCAGUCAAGGAGGAAAUUGCAGAAGAAGAGGACGACGAUGUACCAGAUCUUGUGGAGAACUUUGAUGAAGCCUCAAAGAAUGAAGCAAACUGACGAAGCCUGUUUUUUCUCUGUCAACCGUUUCAAUUUUUUUGUUACCUCCAUACUGGACUCACAAAGGGCAUUUCCUCUUGUGGGGAAACGGUUGUUAAAGGUGCGAUGCAUCAUCUCCGGAGACGUGAACCACUUCGGGUUUAGCCUGCCACAACAACUCAACAACAGCGCGCAGAUACAGAAGGUUUUGAUUUCAGUAGGCUGUGGACACGCCGAGAAACGAGGACUCAACUAAGCUUUCUACAUGGUUAAACAUGGCUAGUAUUUAAGAGAUUGUAUAUGAAAGUGAAUAAAGAAUUCACUUUACAGUAUAGUGGUGAUUUAUGAAUUUAAUAAAACAUUUUUGGGCUAUUAA